AUGGCCGAGGCGGUGAUUGGAGCGAUGGGCACCCUCCUGCCCAAGAUGGCCGACCUAAUCACCAAGGAGUACAACCUUCAGAGGGGUCCACCGGACAUCCAAGUCAAGAUUUGGGCCAAGGCUGUGAGGGACUUGUCAUAUGGCCCGGAAGAUAGCAUCGACAAGUUCAUGGUGCGCAUCGAAACCGAUGGCCGACCAGAUAAGUCCCAUAGCUUCAGGAAUUUCAUUGAUAAGAGCCUCAGCCUGUUGACCAAGGGCAACAUUCGCCACAAGAUCGGCAUCGAUAUCAAAGACAUCAAGAGCCGCAUCAAGGAGGUCAGUGACCGGCGUGAUAAGUACAAGGUUGACAAUGUGGCUGCUGCCAAGCCCGUCGGUCCAGCUAUUGACACCCUUCGCCUAGCAGCCUUGUAUAGAAAGGCCACGGAGCUCGUUGGCACUGACGAGAAGAGCGUUGAGAUGUACCAGAACAUUAAUGAAGCAUCAUGGGGCGAGCAACAACUCAUCAGUGAGAUAAGAACAUUCCUUGAAAACAAGAGGUACUUGAUAGUUAUUGAUGACAUAUGGGAUAAAUCCGUCUGGGAAAAUAUCAAGUAUGCAUUGAUUGAGAAUGGAUACGGAAGUAGAGUAAUCACAACAACUCGGGUUCUUUAUGUUUCCCUGCAAGCUGGUGGUGUAUAUCGGCUGAAACCUCUUUCUGUUGUCGUCUCAAGAAAGUUGUUCUAUCAAAGAAUAUAUGAGAUGGAGAACAAGUCACCACCUAAUCAAUUGGUUGAAGUAUCUGAGAGAAUUUUAAAAAGAUGUGGGGGAGUUUCGCUAGCUAUCCUUGCGAUAGGCAGCUUGCUGUCUAGUGAAAAGGGAACAACACAUACACAUGAGUAUUGGUCCAAGGUGUACAAAUCCAUCAGUUUGGGGCUAGACAAUAAUCAUGAUGAUGUGAAGAACAUGAGGAGAAUAUUAUCUACCAGGAAUGAAGAAGUUGGUAACCAGCUGGCAACCGUGAGCUUGUCCCACGUGAGGUCACUUACUGUGUUUACUCCAGCUUUUAGUUUGCUGCCAGGACUCUUGUGUUUCCCAGUCCUGCGUGUAUUAGAUUUAGCUGAAUGUGAAGUGUAUAAUACCCACUGGAAUGAUAUAUGCAAUUUGUUUCACUUGAGAUAUUUGAAUUUAAGGGGUACAUCUAUCACUAAUAUCCCGAAAGAGAUCGGGAAUCUACAAUCUCUGCAAAUGCUGGACAUAAGAAGUGGAGAAACCUACACAAGGCAGAGAAAACGGUUGACCACUGGCAUUGCUUAUCCAUUUUUAUGUCUAAAGAUGUUCAGUGUCAAGAGUGACACCAUGGAGUUGAGGUUUGGACGAGGAGCCAUGCAAAGUCUCCAAACCCUCAAAUUAGAUUUUCAGGAUGUGGAGGACACAUUAUUCCAGUUUGGUGAUUUUGCAUUGGGUUUAGAGAACCUUCCGUCGCUUGAGGAUGUUUGUGUUACAUUCAGUGAAGAUACAAGCGAGAAGAUUAGUAGUGUGGAAAAUGCAUUGAGGAAAGAUAUAGAUAUGAAUCAAAACAAGCCUAGACUGAGAGUUACAGAUAUGGGACUCCCCAUGAAAGACAAAUAG